AUGUCAUGCCGGUCGUACUUUUUGUCAUGCUUUCAUGCAGGCAAUGGUAUUCUUGUAGAUGCCAGCACCGUUGGGCGGCCAAUAGGCGACACAUCCUCGUCCGCUGUUUUUGUCAACGAACUCCCCAAGAACUUCCAAGGUGGUGAUGAAGCUUUGCAUUUUGCUCUUGGAGACCUCUUUGGGCAGUAUGGGAAGAUCAAGAAAAUUGAGCUGUACAUGGAUGAGGGCAUAUUGGAAACGAAGAACUUCAAGGGCGAGGCGCUUGUCGUAUACCACACCAGCAAGUUCACUGGAACUCAUGAUGCUGGAGAUCCAGUCUACGAGGCUUGUCGUGACCUAGACGGAAGGGUGCGAGUGCUUGGGUAUCGGAAUUGGCGCAUUCGAUGUGAGGCAGCUGUGUGGCAGAAAGAAGGUUUCAAUGUGAAGGAUCGGGCGAAGAAGUCUCCUUGUGUUGAAAUUGCAAAUUUAUGGGAGUACACUGCAUCGACUCCAAUGUCAUGGUUCAUCGAGAUUCAGGAUGUGAUCAGGAAGCAUGUUGCCGAGCACAUCAAAGAGCCUUUUGUUAAGGUGGAGCCUUCCGAAGGAUCAGCACUGAUUUGGUGCAAAGGAGCCCAGGACGCCAUGAAGCUUGCUUCGUUGAUGCAAAAGAGUUACUUUAUGGGCCGGAAGGUCAUUGCCUCUUUGUGCAGAAAAGAAAAGCCAGUCUCGGAAGCUCUGCCACAGGUCCCGCGCCAUCUUUCAAUGAAGAGAACUUCAGAGACGUCACUACUGGAACAAGUGGAGUCCCAAGAUAUGCAGAGUUGGCAACAGUUUCUCAAUGUUGGCAAGCAGGCAGCCAUAAAGCCUGGCAAGCUUGAUCCAGAA